AUGGCAUUUGUGUUUGCUGUAUUUUCAGUACUUUCGUUACAUCAACAGGAAGUGCCCGGAGCCCUCAAACGAAGUAUACUCUCGCAAUUCGCAACUCAAGAGAAACGAGUAGUGGUGUAUUUUCCGUCCAGACCAAUUUCAGACCUCCCUCUUAGCGUGCGAUUGGAAGAGUUACUCACUCAGAUAGAGGACCAAUGUUUAGGACCAAUCAAUUCAGGACCAAAAGUCGUCCUUAUCCGUGGCCAAAGGGCAGUCAUAGCUCGAGAUCUUCCAAUGUAUCUCAGCGUUUUAACAGAUUAUCACUUCAUAGUACAUCUUCCUUUUUGGUACAAUCCAGUACAAAACAAUACAUUCUAUUUCGGAAACGAUCGAGAUACAGAAGUAGAAGAUCCAAGAAAUUGGCAUCUCUUCUUAUGUCUAACGUUCACAGAACGAGAAACUAAACCGUGUUUAGGAAGAGAAGAAUAUUCUAAACUCCACACUUAUCAUAAAGUGAACAGAUUCCCAGGACUUCGAGGUAUCUUAUGGAAGAGGGAUUCUCUAUGUUAUACUUUUUCCAAAGCUAGACUCAUUCCAGUUUUACGUGUGAGAAGUGUCAUACUAAUCAAUAGGCCACAAUAAUCCGUGUCAAGAGAUAUUUCACUACUAAUUAAUAUUCUAGUAAAGCCAGAACCUGGAAGUAGUAGCAAUUUUCCAGUGAUCGAUCUGACCGUUAGAUAUAAUGUUCCUGGUUACAAUGAAAAGCAUUGCCUCCAGCUUAAUGGCUGCUAUACCUUUCACUCGCUAACUCUCACCAUGUGACCAAAUGUAAACAUCAACUAAUAAAGUUUGAGUAAAUAUUUUUAUACAUGCAUGAUCUCAAUAGCAUAGUCUAAUGGAAAGUCAUUUUCUAAUCGUGAUUCAUUAAGCAACUCCUCUUCUAUUCUAAUGAAUAAUC